AUGGGUGGUCCUGACGUUCCUGUCGCCAACGUUAUUCCUGGCGACAUUGUCGUGGAUGGAGCUCCUGUUGAUAUCCCCCUAGCUUCCGCCGAGGUAGCGUUGCCUGAGGUUAUUGUUAUAAAUGAUGAUGAUGGUGAUGACUCGGCUGUUCCAGUCGGUGACGAGGCGAUUCCGUCACUACUUCCCCCUCUAGCAUCAUCUAUCGUUUCGGGGGAAGUUGGGGACCCGGAUUCUCCGUCUAGAAAAAGACGUCGAGUUGUCGAUGAUUCUCCACCGAGGGAGAGUUUUCCUGGAAGCUCUUCUUCUGCUCCCGACUUGGUUCAAUGGGUCGAAGGUCAGGAUCCUGCCAGUUUGCUGAAUCCGAGAGUGCUAGCGGAAUAUAUCCGGACUUUGGCGAUUCCUGAUGAUGUCACGUGGUUCUGUGGUAGGCCGGGUCAGGAGCUUUCCGAUCUGGCUUGUUUUCAUGGUUUCUCUGCCCUUCAAUCUGUUCUGGUAUUGAACGACCGCCGACAGUGUGCCGAGGAGGAGGUCGAGCGUCUGUCUGCUCUUUUGGCGACUUCCGAGUCUGAAAGGGCGAAAUUGAAGGCCUCUUUGGAAGAGCAUGAUUCCCUUCUGGCGCAGCUCAAGGCGCAGGAUGCGAUUAAUGAUCGCCAAGUGAAAGUGAUUGAGAAAAAGACCGAUGACUUGACUCAAGAGAUUGAGGAGCUUAUUCGGAUCAAUUCCCUUGUUGGUGGGGAGAGGGAUAGUCUUAGAUCGGAGGUUGAAGGUCUUCACAUCCGUCUGCUAGAUACGAAGGCUUUUUACUCUGCUCUGAUAAGCGAGUAUCGCCUUGCGAUUGGGAAGAAGCUUCUGGAGCAGAAUCCCAAUAUUGAUCUUUCUGGGGUUAACGGGUUGGAUCCCCAGGCCAUCGCCCGUGAUCUCCUCGUCAAGAUUUCUAAAGACCGUGUCUAGUAGUUUUCUUUUGAUUGUAUUUGCUGAUGUAUUAAUUUUGCUUUUUGUAAUUCGCAAUUUAUGAAUAUAUUUUCUUCGUUUUUCUUCGAAA